AUGGGAGGAGGGUGUAGACCAAACCAUACUGUUGCUCCGGGGUCGAGGAAACAGUAUAUGAAUGGGCGCCGACGAGCUGUCUGCUCCCCCACACAAAUUCCCGCCUCUAUUCUCCCAAUCCUGGAGUCGUGGGUGCCGAAUUUAUCGCGCGCUUCUCAGUUUGUGUAUCUUCAGCUGGUCUCAACCACACAAGCAACAUCUCACUCCUUCAACCCGCUCUCGCUCCUGCCCGGGCUGUUCACCCUGACCCCUCUCACGACUAUCGCCCAGCGCACCGCCCUGCGUGGCACCUCUUCACUUGACCCUCUCGUUCUCGCUCCCGGCCUGCAUCUCCAGCCCACAGCCAAUGACCUCCACAAGGGAGAGUACCCAGCUUGUGCCGCCCUCACAUCAGGCUACGUCUUCCGCGUCGAGAACCCAGCGACCGUAUAUUUCCUCCAGUGCGUCGGCCGCACAGGCUGCCUAACUGAUCUUAAGGUUUCGGCCCAGGCUUCGUUGUCGCGCUACUUGCCGAGCCGUGAUGAGGCGCUGGCAUCAGUUGGCUACUACGCCGCAGUUGGUUGUGGUCUCUUCGCUGCUCAGAGAGUCUAUGCACUUGACGAUAUCUGGGGCUUGUUCUUUAUCUCUAACCUGAUGCUCACCCGCCUCAUCAACUUUGUCGUGCUCCGUCGCCGCUCACAGCCAGGCUGGUUCGGUGCACCAGAACCAGGUGUCCAGGGCGACCUAUUCAUUCUCCUGUCGCAGGACCGCUGGGUGCGCAUUCGCGGGCCAGUCGACGAUCUCAAGGCCCUCACAUCUGGGACGUGGUUAAGCGAGCCCACAACGCUCGACAGGUUCUUUGGCGCUGUAGCCAAGCUGCUCGUUUAUGCGAACGUAGCUGUCGCGGGGAAUGCGACCGACGCUGGCGUUUAUACCAUCGCGUCCAUGUUGCUCGUCAAUGGCGGGCUGAUGGCGUUGGAUAAUCUUCGGAUCCGGCGGUUAAAUAUGUAUGGGAGGACGAUGGAAGUUGUGGGUGAGCCGAAGAGGUACUCCAGGAGGAGAACUUUAGCGGAGCAGUUGAUUAAAGAGUCGGGGAGGGAUGAUUGGGCCGUAGCGAUGGGCUUGAUUGUUAAGGAUAAAGCGUCGACGGAGAAGGACGAGGGGACGAGGGUGAUUAUGUGAAGUUAUUCUGCUGAAGUCAGGUUACAGAGUAGGGUGUUGACCCGAGAAACGCGUCAGAAUGAGAUUGCAAUGAGUAAAUUGUAUCGCAUGGUUAGAGCUGAUUGAUGGUGGAGGGCAUGGAGGAGUCAAUUAGGUAGUGAGAGACGACCUAGGUAGAUUGAGGUGUAAGGUAUCUAGAGCGAGAGAGAGAUCAGAGGUAAAUAUAUAGUAGCUAAAAGAGCGCUAGUCCUAAACAGGAGAAGGGUAAGAGGUGAAAGACCC